AUCUACAGAGUCCCAAGUGAGUUUUUCACAUUUGAGUCUUUCGUUUGCUCUCUUGGGUUUUCUCCUUACCUCUUUCGUUUGUUUCUUUGUUCUUCUCUGCUAACAUGGGACUCUCAAACUUUCCCACAGCAGCCGAAGGAGUGUUACCUGUGCUAGUAAUGAACAGUGUUUUAUCAUUUGCUUUAUUGAAGAACAUGUUGAGAUCUGUGCUUCAAGUCAUGGGUGCUAAUAUUAUGAGUUCUCCAAAUGUAGUGGAAGAAAACCCACGUGAGUUUUCUUCAACAGAGGAUGUUUCAAGGGAGAGAAGAAUCUCUAUAACCCAGUUCAAGUCUCUGUGCCAUGACAGGUUUUUUGAAGCCAAAACUAAUAAUACAGUAGAGUGUUGUGUUUGUUUAUGUCGUUUUGAAGGUGAUGAAGAGGUUAGUGAGUUGUCUUGCAAGCAUUUUUUCCACAAAGGGUGUUUAGAGAAAUGGUUCCAUAACAAGCAUGAAACUUGCCCUUUAUGUCGUUCAAUUGAUUAGUCAUGCAAUUGUGUAUGAAUUCUGAAGGUGUUUCAUAGAAAAAGAUUAGUUCUUCACACUUUGGGUUUUUUUUUCUUGGCUUAAUUAGCUUAGCUUAGCUUAGCUUUGUGUGUGUGUUGUGUUUUGUGUGUGAGUAGAUGUUAGGGAUAACCAUUAAGGGAUUUUAGCAUCUUCUGUACUCAGUAUACUAUACAUGUUUUCUAUGACAAUGUUCCUAAAUCAUCUUCAGAAAUUCAACUUAAGAACAUUGAACAUAAAAGAGCUUUUUUCAUUUAACAAAAAAGAAAAGAAAAUAAAAAAGUAGCACUUUCUU